GGGCGAGGCCGCCGACGCGGUGGAGGUCUUGCAGGUGGCCCUGCUGCCGCCCGGCCUCUGCUCCCUCGCCUGGUGCGGCGACUGCGCGCCGACGACGCCCUUCCGCUUCGCGGCCUGCUCCCCGACCAGGCUGUAUGCCCCCCCAGCCUGACGACCGCCUCCGCCGCGUGGACGGUGGACGACGAGUUUGCUGCCCCCCCCCGCCUCAACCAGGACGCGGGUGACCCGCUGGGCGCUGGGGUCGCAUGGGUCGGCGGCCAGGGGCAGCUGAUCGCCUACGCAGGCGGGCCCGCGGCGAGCGCGGUGGACGCCGAGACGGGGGCGCGGGUCUGGGGCUUCUCGGCGCAGCCGCCGGGCGGCGCUGGCAGCCUGGCCUCCGAGCGGGAGCCGUUGGCCGCCGCGUCGCUGGCGGCCGCUGGGGCGAGCACGGUGGUGGUGGGGUGGGCGCAGCAGGACCGGCCCGGCGGCACCGUCCGGCUGCUGGACCUGCGGGCUCCGGGCACCGCGUCGGCGCAGGGGAGGGCGAUCGCCGAGGGCGUCGAGGGGGUGCACGGGCUGUGCUGCUCCCCGCUCGAGGAGCACCUGGCCGCGUCCUACGGUUAUGCAGAUGGCAGGGAGGACGCUUGCCAGGUGUUCGUGUGGGACCUGCGCUACCGGGGCGCCCCGCCGUUGCCAGUGUUCCGCCUGCACUCGCAUGACCCCGGCAGCGGCCCGUGUGGGCGCCCUGCGUUGGAACUGAGUGGCCGGAUGGCCACGCUGGAGUGGAGCCCGGCGAAGCGCGACACGCUGCUGGCAGUCUCUCUGCCCGGCGGUGGUGGAGCGGUCGCCUGCAGGCCGCAGGGGUGGGAGCACGGAUGCACCGUGGGUCGGAUGAGGUAGGAAAGAGCACAGACAUGAUAACCG